AUGAAAAAGGAGAUCAAAGUAUGUGUGAAGAAAGAUAUGAGCGGUGAAGAAGCCAUGGUGCUCAGUCAUAUUCAAGCUUCAGCAAACGAAGGCAUCUGGACAAAACAUCUAAAAGCCAAAAUGGAACUGCACCAAACCAGCAUCGAUAGAUACCUCGAAUUACUAGUUCAGAAGCAACUCGUGAAAGCCGUCAGGUCGAGCUUACGGAUGGACCAUGGUACACUGACAACGAACACGACACGCAAUUAUCAAGCUGCUCUCAACUGCAUUCCUUCCCAAAACAAAGCUCCAAAGCUUCUUCCCAAAACGAAUGCAAACUCUACUCCAUUAGCGCACAUCCAGCGUUUUUUGACUAAGAAAGAGAUCACAGAGACUCGGUUGGACAUUGAGCGUGUUGAGAUGCUUUUGAGGGAGCUGGAGUUGGAUGGGAAGAUUGAAAAGUUACCUGCGUUCACAGCAUCCGCUUGGGAUGCUACAGUCGACUCUGACAAUCCAGCCUCCGACCCAGCCACUCGCAAAAAGGGCCCAAAACACAAAAACGGCGGCAUACGGCGGCAAACAGUCCCAGCGACACUGACGAGUCUGAGGAAGAGAAACCAAGGGAAGAAGGAGGAGCGCAAAGGACAAGAGAACGAGAGCGGGAGCGAGGGUCGUCAUUCAAAAUCGAAAUUGAGAUCGAAGUCGAAGAAGAUGAAAACGAAGACAAAGAAGAAGCCAUGCUCAAGUUCAAAACGCAUCAAAUUCGAGUCUCCGGAGGCAGAUGUCAAUGUCAACGUUGAAGGAGCCUCUGUCUACCGAGCUGUUCGCCAACAACGAGUAGCGCCAGGAUGGUCCAAAGCUCCAUGCGGUAGAUGUCCAGUAUUCAACUUCUGUCGCGACAAGGGGCCUACGAACCCGCAAGAGUGCGUGUAUUACGAGGAGUGGUUGAAUUUCAAGAGGCGCCAGGGGUUGUGAAAGCAGAGGUGUGACAGUUUUCAUUCUUUGCUACGAUGACAAUCAAGUAUACUGGUAUCAAAUUAGCGAUGUCAAAACCUCAUCUUCCGCAGAGAACCUGUUACUGACUAUAGCAUGUCAGUCAUGACUAGGCGGCCUACCGAUGAUUUCUACCGUUUUCUAUGGAUACUUUCGACAAAAUAAAUAUAACCGCGACUUGGAUAGAAUAUAUGCUGAAGCGGUCAGAGUA